GAGGCUCUGGGUUUCGGAUCCUGAAUCGAAGAAUCUCGCCCAACCCUACAUUAGAUAGAGGGAGAGAUUAAUGAGUAGAAGACGAACACGAUAACUGCGAAACCAGGGUCAUCAAUGGCGCUGCCGGCGUCGAUUCCGCUGCAUUCCUUAUCUCCCAAGUCCGGGAUUAUAUUGCURAAGUACAACUCCUUUCAGCUUAAUAGCUGCUUCCUGCUGCACAGUAGKCGUAAAGCCUCUCUUGCAUCUUCGACGAAAGCAAGAAUGUCGCAGUUUAUGGAUUCUAAUUCCAUGCCUAUGCAAAUUGAAAAUUUGAAAGAGAAGAUGCAGGAGGUSGUACCGGAACCUGUAAAAGUUUUUCCUUGGAAGGAAGCAGAGAAGAUGCUGCUGGAGAGGCUACUUUUUAUGGGGAAGGAGGCAUCGAAGUGGUCUCUUCUCGUGUUCUUUGUUUUUAGCUCUUUAUCAGAUUUUGUAGCUUCCAUAUUUAGAAACCAAGAGUUACUGAUUCCCAUUGGCCUCUUUGUUGGUGUGUUACUGACUGACCUUCUAAAAGAGAUUUCUCAAGAAGUGUUUGGCAACUCUGAGGAAUCAAGCUUCAAGAAGCAACUUUUCGCUCUCGGUUCCGUUUUUGUUCUUGUCAAGCUAAUUGCUUAUGGUUUUGCAACGCAAGCACAAGCAUUUCCUUUGCAUGUUGCAAAUGGUGGGUUAAUGCAAGUUUUGUGGCUGUGGAGAAAUCGAUCAAGGGAAAGAAAUCGACCAAACGAACAGAGCCCUUUUGUAGUCCAAGGUACUUCUUAAACAUGGACAAUUAAGAUCGUUUUGGAUGUCUAAAUUUGCUUCCAUGAAGAUUUGGUCAUCAUGUAUGGAAGGAAAAUACAACAUUAUGAGAUGUAUCCUGACCUUGUGUUUAUCAUUCGAGCCACAUCGGUGAGCCCGGCCGUGUAUGAGUGUAGGUUGUAUACAAAACUUUUGCACUGAGACGUAAUGCAGUCUAGAUAUGUAUUGUGUAUCAGGUUCAUAAUUUGAUAAUGAGCAGUGUUUAGGUGCUGUAUUCCUUUUACCAUGCCUCUUUUUGGACAAUUUUUGUCCAAAUUGUGUAAGGGCGCUUUCUUUCACAAAUUUUCAUUCAUUUGCAGAGUUGCAUUUGAGUUUCUGUAGACUGGCAUUUUGCAAUUGAGUCAAGUAGUGAAAGAAUAAAAUGAGAAAAA